AUGAAGCAGCACGUUAGCACUUUGGUAGGUGCAAGUCGUUUCCAGCAGCAGAUCCUCGAGGGAGGAAAGGUGUUGUGCGAGAGCACCUCGAUUGCUGAGCUCAGGGGCCGGCACCUGCAGUUGCUGAUCCUCCCCUUCCUGGAAGGCGAUCAGGCCAACGAGCUUCGGGAGGCCACUGAUUCUCAAGAUCGCCUUGAGAGUUUGCUGCGGACGCCACUGGAUCCGGAUCAAGUUGCCAACUGGCCGCAGGAGACGGCUCUCCUCUCGGCGUCUACACGCGGCCACUUGCAGGCAGUCCAGCUGCUACUUGAGGCCAGGGCCAAGGUAGACAAAGCAGACUGGCGUGGCAAUGCGCCCUUGAACUGCGCUUGCAGCGAGGGACACGUUGAUGUAGCUCGUUGUCUCCUGGAAGCAGGGGCCGACAAAGACGCAGCAGGAGAGGGGCGAAGGACGCCUUUGUUCCUCAGCUGCCUGCGAGGCGGCCCAAAGGAGCUUGUGCAGAUUUUGCUCCAGGCCCGGUCAAACAUGGAGAUCUCGAGCAAGUUCAACACAUCUCCGUUGCUCGCUGCGUGUAGUGGAUGCUAUGUGGACAUUGCCAGAAUGUUGGUUGAGGCUGGUGCAACCACUGAUUCUGCAGAUACCCUGGGAGUCAGCCCGCUUCUAUCUGCCUGCCGCCAUGGCUCGCUGGAGUUGGUAUCUCUUUUGCUGAGAGCAAGAGCUACCACCAACAUUGUUGAUAGGGAUGGCACAUCUCCCCUACUGGUGGCAUGCAAGAACAAUCAGAUCGGCAUCGCCCGACUUCUGAUUGCAGCCCGAGCUGAGCCGGACAUCUCAAACAGGAGCGGAGAGUUCGCACUCCUGCUCGCUGCAGACGCCGCGGUCAUCGCCGAAAAGCGAAGCCUCGGAGGCCCUUCGCGAGGAGAGAGCAACAGCCGUCGAAGCCGGUCUGAGCUACUCAGGCUUUUGUUGGACGCCAGCGCCGACCUCGACAAGACGGAUGGAAAGGGCAUGUCCGCAAGAUCAGCCCUGGCGGUAGCAUGCGAGAAGGGAGACGUCGAGGUCGCACGCCUGCUGCUACAGAGGGGUGCCAGGCAGAAGGGAGGCGAGUGGGGCAAGUCGCCAUUGCUGCUUGCAUGUCAGAACGGCCACAGCAAUGUGGUGCAGAUGCUGCUCGAGGCAAGGGCAGCCCUUGACUGCACUCAUGGAGAGGCAUCACCUUUGCUGGCUUCUUGCGAAAAUGGACACUGGGAGGUAGUAGAGCUCUUGCUUCGUGCUGGCGUCGGCACGGAAACCUCGGAAAGCAGUGGUAUCUCGCCUCUCAUAGCCGCCUGCGAGAGAGGUCGCCUACGUGUCGUGGAGGUUUUGCUCGCCAGCGGAGCAGCGAAGGAGUCGGACGCUCGGGGCAUCUCACCCUUGCUGGCUGCCUCGGAGAUUGGGCACAUGGAUUUGGUUUCCUUGUUGAUCUUCGAGCGCUCGGAUUUGGAUCACGUCGACAGAGGUGGCAGGUCACCGCUAUUGGCGGCAUCGCUGAACGGUCAUAGCGACGUGGUUCGGCUGCUGCUGGCAUCUGCCGCUGAUCAUAGCAAGCAAGACAUCGCCGGGACAUCUCCUUUGCUGGCAGCCUGUUCGAUUGGUAGCCUGGAGAUCGCGCAGACUUUGCUCACAGCCCGCGCCGAUGUGCACCUAGCUAACCACGCGGGGGAAUCGCCACUUCAGCUUGCGUUGCAGAGGGAUUUCACACAGAUCGCCGCUUGCAUCAGUUCUGAGGUCGCGUUCACAAGCAAACGGGCCAAACUGAAGUGA